AAUCAAAGCAUAAAGAAAAGUCCAGAGCAUUUGUCGGUCUAAUAAACACACUCAUACCAAGGACACAACACACUGUUCAUAUCUUCCUUGAGAUGAAGCUGAAGGUGUUCUCAGUCUCCAAGAUCCAUAAGAAUGUGUUCCUCAUCAAGCUCUUCUCUGCUAUUCUCAUAACAGGUCUCGCUUUCAGUCUCUUCAUUUUCCACUCCAGCGACUUUUCUCCAGUCUUUGCUUCGGUCACCGGAAGAUUCGAAGCACGGUUUCUGCCGCCGAAGGUUAUCGUACCGGAAAAUGAAGAUCUCAUUCCUCAGGAUAUUGAAAUAGAGAAGUGUAAUCUCUUCGCUGGUAAAUGGAUCCCAGAUUCAUCAGGACCAACCUACACAAACAGCUCAUGCGGUAAUCUCAUCGACGGUCACCAAAACUGCAUCACCAACGGCAGGCCUGACCUAGACUUUCUCUACUGGAAAUGGAAGCCUCAUGACUGUUUGUUACCACGUUUUGAUCCUCGAAAGUUUCUUCAACUUAUGAGAAAUAAAUCUUGGGCAUUCAUCGGUGACUCCAUCGUGCGUAACCACGUCGAAUCUCUGCUUUGUAUGCUCUAUAUGGUAGAAGAACCGGUUGAAGUGUACCACGACAAGGAGUACAAAUCGAAAAGAUGGCAUUUCCCUAUACAUAACUUAACUAUAUCCAACAUCUGGUCGCCAUUUCUAGUCCAAGCCGCUAUUUUUGAAGAUUCAAACGGUGUCUCAUCCGCAGCGGUCCAGCUACAUCUUGACAAACUCGAUGAGACAUGGACCAGUCUGAUGCCUACCCUAGACUAUGCGAUCAUCUCAACCGGUAAAUGGUAUCUUAAAGCCGCUGUUUACCACGAAAAUGCUAAACCGGUCGGUUGCCAUAUUUGUCCGGAAAAGUCUCGCUUGGAAGAGCUAGGAUUCGACCAUGCUUAUAACGCCUCGCUGCGUAACGUCAUGGACUUCAUAGCAGAUGAAACUAACCGUAAAGGUACGGUGUUUUUCAGGACUUCGACUCCAGACCAUUUUCAAAACGGGGAGUGGCAUAACGGUGGGACGUGUAGGCAAACCGAGCCGGUGAGUGAUGAGGAGGCUGAGAUGAAAAACGUACAUAAGAUACUAAGAGGUUUGGAGAUUGGUCAGUUCGAGAGAGCGGUUAGAGAGAAGACGGGUGAGGACGGUGGUGGUGGUGGUGGUAAUGUAAAGCUUUUGGAUUUCACCGGGAUGUUAUUGACUCGACCCGAUGGUCAUCCGGGUGCGUACCGAGCGUUUAGGCCGUUUGAUAAAGACAAAAAUGCAAAGGUACAGAAUGAUUGUCUGCAUUGGUGCUUGCCUGGUCCGAUUGAUUACUUGAAUGAUGUUAUAUUGGAGACCAUAGUAAAUGGCUAAACCGGACUGAGCAAAUUGUGGUUGUUGGUUCAUUGCCAAUUGAUGAAAGAAAUGAGACCCGGUUCUCUGGGGAUUAAUAGACUAAUACAGAACAAAUUUGUGAGAAGUGUAUUAUAUCGGUUCGUGGGAGCUAGCAAAACCGGUUUGGUAAAGGACUUA